UGGCGAAUUGUGUUGACGUUCUUGGGGAGCUACAUUAAAUUCUUAAUAUCAAUUCAUAUCAGAAUUUCUUAAUUUACUUAGAAAUUAGUAACAUAAUCUGAUAAAAGUGUCAAUUGUUAAAUCAUAUUUCUAACAAGAGUGGCAAAUGUUUCACAAGCAAAAUGUACUUUCCAAUAGGUUGGCCCAAAGUUCUGAAAAAUCUGGGAGCAGAUAAUCAAAUUAUAAAGCAAAUCGUGUCGAAUAGAGACAAGAUAUUGUUUGCUUCGUUGAGUGAUGACUGUUUAGCUGUAUGGUUUUGUAAGCCAAGUGUCCCCAUUGUGUACCAUAAGAGGAGUACAGAAUCUCUUCAAAGACUUGGAGUCAAUGUCGGAGUGGAAUGGAAACCUGAUUCUUCUAUGAUAUGUAUCUCUACCUCAGAAGGGCAUCUAAUAUUGUACAAUGUGGAAGCUCACAGUGAACAGACAGCGUACCAGCAAUAUGACCCACCCACUGCAAGUUUACGCAGAGACUCCGCCGAGUUAUUUGUCAAAGAGGUCAUACCAUCAUUGAAAAUUACUCUGUUAAAAGAAGUAUUAGUAUGGGAUGGGCAGAUCACACGGAUGUGCUGUAUAUCAGGCACAGAGAUUCUGGUCUGUACCACCAGAGCCCAUCUACUGCGGUACCGGUGGGAUGGUACGCAGAACCGGGAUUACUGUCUCGACCUUGGAAGAAUACCAUUUUCCAUUAACCAACAGGUUUCUAAAGCGGAACCGAUAUUAGAAGACAACACACAUGUAAAUGACAUAGAAUACUCGCCGCUCGUGUGUGGGUUUGGCAUCACCCUCAAUGACGGACGGGCGGCCUACCUCACCGCUCCUAAUCUUAAGUUUGAUCCUAAUGCCGUUCAAGGUAUUUGGGCUCCCGGCAUCGAUGACGCGACUUGCGCAAGAGUCAACCAUAAGUUUAGAUUAAUUGCUAUUGGCAGAAAAAAUUCUCAAGUGGACGUGUUCACGAUAGACGAGGCGACGGGCGGCCUGGAGCUGUCGCAUACGAUGGUGCUCAGCUCCAAAGACUUCCCCGGUGACCCCGGACCUGUUAAGUGUAUGAGAUGGACAGCGGACGGGCGUGCAGUGGCAGUGAGUUGGGAGCGCGGCGGGGUGUCGGUGUGGUCGACGUUCGGGGCCCUGCUCAUGUGCUCGCUGGCCUGGGACUACGGACUCAACCAGGACCUCAGCAAGUCCAACCCUUUGGUUGUGUCUAGUUUAGAAUGGGCGACUGAAGGCUACCAGCUGUGGAUGGUGAAGGUGGAAGGAGACUCCAGUACUAACAUCAUACAGCUGGAUUUUGUGAAGAGUCCUCUCAGUGUAAACCCUUGUAUGAGCAACCAAAGACACCUCUACUUACAAGCAGAUGACAAAUUAUACGUGAACUUAGAAGACAAUCUAACGAAACGUACAAAGAUCUCAAUCAUUGACUCGUCUUCAGAGAUAUACCAGGCAGAGAACGGGCUGCCCGACCAGCCUACGUUGGAAUAUGAGAGCAGUACUAACUACAGGGAGUUUGUGGACGACAACGAGUGCAGGAAACAGUGGAUAGUGCUGCCUUUACCGGCCACUUAUAUUGCUACUAAUUGGCCGUUGAGGUACAGUGCAAUCGACGAGGCGGGCGUGAACGUGUGCGUGGCGGGUCGCACGGGGCUGGCGCACUACAACUGCGUGGCGCGGCGCUGGAAGCUCUUCGGGAACGAGGCCCAGGAGAAGGACUUCGUCGUCACCGGGGGCAUGCUCUGGUGGAGGGACUAUGUUGUCAUUGGUUGUUACAGCAUUCUCGACGGACAUGACGAGAUUCGCUUCUAUCCCCGAGAAGCGAAGUUAGACAACAGAUUCGCGAAGAUAGUCCGCGUACAGUCACAAGUGUUCGUGCUGGACAUCCUGGAUGACCAGCUCGUGGUCUUCGGAGCUGAUGCCCUCGUCACCAUUUAUGAACUCAACUGCAUCGAUAAUACGGGUACGAUAGAGAUGCGGUGCGUGCAGGCCGUGGACGUGUCGGCGCUGUCGCACCCCGCGUGCGUGGUGGCGGCGCAGCUGUGUCGCCUGCAGGACCCGCCGCACCGCCCGCGCGCCUCCACCGUCUGUAUACCCGUGCAGAGGCAGCCUGACUCCUUGGUGAUCAACGCUAGCGGUAAGCUGAUGAUGGUGCAGAGAGAGGAGUAUGACGUCGAUGAAGACAAUAAUCCGGCCUACAGCUGUCUCCCAGCAACAGUUCUAGCGUCUUGCGUGGAGAGUGUCUGGUCCUGCGGCAGUGUGACUGGCUCACAGACACAACUGUCCCGAGCUCUGUGGCUCUGGUGUGGGGCUCUAGGCGCGAGAGUCUGGCUCCCUCUACUACCGCGGGAUACGACCAGACACCCUGACUCGAGCAGACAUACUUUCAUGGCUAAAAGGAUCAUGCUGCCUUUCCAUCUUAAUAUUUAUCCGUUGACAAUUUUAUUCGACGACGCUAUCCUUCUGGGUGCGGAGAACGACACGACUCUCUACGCUUCGGACUCCAGUUCAGUAUUCUCGCUGCCAUUCUGUGUCGUCAAUAGAACAAGCCAAGUCUACCUCCACCAAAUACUGCGGCAGCUGCUCCGUCGUAACCUGGGCUACCACGCGUGGGAGAUCGCGCGCUCGUGUUCCCAGCUAGCUUACUUCCCACACUCCUUGGAACUGCUCCUUCAUGAGGUGUUGGAGGAAGAGGCUACCAGCAAGGAACCAAUACCUGAUGCCCAGCUGCCGUCAAUUAUUGAAUUCGUUCAUGAAUUUCCCGUGUAUUUGCAGACUGUAGUACAAUGUGCAAGAAAGACAGAGAUAGCGCUAUGGGCGUAUUUGUUCUCAGCGGCGGGGAAGCCAAAAGAGUUGUUCCAAGAAUGUUUACAACGGAAAAUGCUGGAUACGGCUGCCUCUUACUUAAUCAUAUUACAGAACUUGGAAAGUUCAGCAGUGAGCAGGCAGCUAGCGACACAACUCCUCGACACCGCCCUGCAGCAGGAGCGGUGGGAUCUCGCCAGGGAUCUCGUCAGAUUCUUGAGAGCUAUAGAUCCAAACGACGUGGAUUCGCCGAGGAAUUCGGUGAACGUCCAAGCGAAGUACGGUCAGGUGGUGCAGUCUCAGACUGUCAGUCCGAACGCUGAGGACCUGUCCGUCAUACUGGGCAGCAUGCAGGUAAUCGAGUUGGCGGGCGGGCGCGGCCGUAGCUUCAGCACGACAGUGUCCCCCCGCGAGCCGUCGCCCCCCGCGCACGCGCCCCCUCCCCCCGCGCCACCACCGCACGCACCCCCUGCACGGGCCACCGCCGCCGUCAAGAGGAAGAAGUCUGUGCCUGCUAGAUCGGAAAGUUUCACGUCACCUUCAAACAGGGACUCAUAUAGCGGGACGGCAGAAGAGUUCUUCAUAGAUAUGAUGAUACAGCGUCAUGCGCGACUGCUUCUAUCUACCGCUCGACUCUAUGCGCUUGGCAAGAUGGCCGCCGCUUUAGACUUACACCUGGUCGCGUGGUUGGCUGGUGAAAGGGAACGAGCGGCCAGGGUAGAUAACGCAGUGCUCUGUGUCAAGAAACUCCAUGAAGACUUUGCCUGGCCGUACCCUGUUAUUAAUGAGUCGGAGCAGUAUCUACAGAGGAAGGGCAGCACUGUUGCAAGUACAUACACGCCGUCAGCGGAAUCAGACAGUUUAUGCGGAGACAGCGGGUACAUGAGUCUCCCGCUUCGAGCCGCUUUACCGUUGAUGACUGGAGCAGUACCUGUGUCGCCUGGACCUGUGAGUUCGGCGGGAGAAGGCAGUGUGGCGGAGGGUGGCGGCGUGGCGUGGGGCGGGGACGCGCUGGGCGCGGGCGAGGAGCGGCGCUACGCCGCGCUCAUGGAGCGCCUCCACCACCACCAGGCCGAGCGGGGCUCGCACACCGCGCACGUGCAGCUCAGAUACUACCUACAACUGAUGACGGAGGCUAGCUGCGUGGAGUGGGCGGUGAUAGUGGCCGUAGUACUGCGGGACGCGCUGGCCGUGCUGCGGACGACCAACGCGGCGCGGGGGAACGACGUCAGCCUCGACGCCGUGCGACGCCUGCGACGGACGCUGCAGGACAUCUGCGCAUGGACUGACGCCGAGUGCCUCGGUUACAAACCGUUCAUGAUGGCGAUCAGCAAUCAAAUCCCGUUCCUAACAUCGAUAAUCAACACUCGAGAGCGUCGGCUAUCGAUGACCAAAUCCCGUGUUCGAACGCCCAGCACUAGUUCUUUAGGACAAGAGGUAAAGCCUAAACCACAGAGUCAGGAAACUAAGCUCCCUCCGCCACAGAAAGCGGAGGUAUCAAAACAAGCUGUGAGGAAAGAGUCAGCGGGUGCGGAGGCCGUCCCGUCGGUGGCCCCGCCCACGCCCCGCCCACCUGCGCCUGCGCGCGACGACGUCUCCACCGGCUGUGUGCUCAUGUAAACCUCUUUAGCAAAUGUCAACGAGACGACAUAAAAUUGCCCAGUAUACUAAAAACAACUAAACGUUAGUUGUUUUUUAUUAACAAAAGUUAAUACAUAAAGUAUGAUUUCAAUCAUAUGAAUGCCAAGCAAAAGUGAACUUUGUUCUACACAUAAUUAAAAGUUGUUUUAUAUCGUCUCGCUGAUCGUUUUCAUGUUAUGUAGUGUAAGUAAAAAGGUUCGUGUCAGUAUCAAUUUUGUUAAUGUACCUAUAGUUGUAGGAAUGGUGACUAAAGGUAAGCGUCUACAGGCCCGCAUCGUACGCAUCGCACGCAACGGAUUUUAUAUUGUUUUGUAUAGAAACUCAUACAACUGCGUCCACUGAUUCGCAUCGUACAGACCGCAUCAUCGGCAAUGCCUACAUGCAAUGCGUACUGAUGACGUCAUACGGAAUGCGUACGAUGCGGGCCUAUAGACGCUUACAAUAAAGCGGCCGUUAAAGCGAAAGAUUUUUUAUUGAGAAAGAAAAUUGAUGCUGUCACCCAUUUUCGUAUGAAACAUUUUUUAUCGGGAAUUAGAAUAUUUUCUUCUACAAAUAGUAGAAUUAGUAUAGUAGACGUCUGUCGAGAUUCUAGAUAGUAUUAAUAUUAAGAAUUAAAUUUUUUAUUAAUGAAUUUCAUACUUUCGUACUGUAGAAACUUUCUUAUACUAUAUUUAUUAAAGAAAUCUUCUCUUUCGUCUCGACGUGUUUACUGUUUAAAUCAAUGUUCUUGUUUUGUAAAUAAUUAGGUAAAAUUAAAUGAAUCUUGUAGUAAUGCUACUUGGAAACUUAUGAAUGGAAGUAUAGCGAAAGAUAUAUUAUUAUAAUUUUGGUGCUGAAUAACGUAUACAUCUUGAUAUUUAUUUGUGUAAAUGGAUUUAUUAUUUCUCUAGUCUAUUCUUAACGUUUAAUAAUUUAUUUCCACCAAUCUGCAGAGGAGGCCGAAGCAUAGAAUUUGAAUAUUUAAAUAAAGAAUGCUCGUUCCAUAAUGUAUGUUCUUACCUUUAAUUUUAUUGUGAAAGUAAAACCUAUUUUAAACGCGACCUCUUUUCUUUUCUUCCCUUAUAUUUUUCUACUCUUUGGUCUCCAAAAUUAGUCUAAUUUCACAAUUAUUAUAUAUUUGAAUGUUAAAUAAUAUUGUACUUAUAAAUAAUGGUAUUACAUAGUUAAUUAUUAAUUUAUCUCAUAUUUUAUUUGGAUAUCGAUACGGACAGCUAGUGUAGAUAUUAAGUCUAUUGGUUGGUCUCUAUAGACGAUAUUAGUAUGAAUUUGUUAUGUAAUUAUUUGGUAUAUAAGUAGGUUUAUGUGUAGCGAAUGUUAUAAAUAUAAACUUGUGUUAGAUAUUAUGCCAAAGGUGAGAAAGCCUACGAAAAUGAUUUUAUCUCAAGUAAAAACAAAACAGUUGCGAAAAUGUCUACGAAUUUAAAUACUUUUCAUUUGCUUUGUACUUACAAAGUACUCGAUAGUCGCAUUAAAAAUAAACCCGGUUCUAUUUGCCUGUCAUUAAAUAAGUUUUUUGAAUUUGAAUUACAAUGACUUCGUUUUUCACAAAAAUGUAUUGAUUACGUUCGAAAUAUAAAGAGAUUAUCUAGGGACCUCGUGAUUACUUCGAAUUAUCGAAGGUUUGAAUUAUGGAGAGUCAACUGAAAUUGUUUUCAACUUUUCUUUUUCUCUUUGAUGUAACCAUCCGGUUGAAGAAUUCAGCUUUGAAGCUAAAUAAUACUCUCUAUUUCUUUCAUCUUACUAUCAGAGGGCUUACUACGAGUUUGUUUUACGAUCAACGUCGUUCUGAUUGGUUAGUUCAAUCGUACAGGCAAAUCAGAGCGCCGAACGCGCUCUCGUUUCGUUUUCAUUCAACGUAAAGCAAACUCGUACUAAGCCCUCAGAUUGAAAAUUCAGGUCAAAUAUUUAAAUACUAACAGUACAAGUAGAUGUAGAUUAAAUAUAUUUAAACAUUAUAUUAUGUAUGAUUAUUGUUAAUAUUAUAUUUAAUUUAAUUAAUACACUCGAUUCGUCCGUAAGAACAGCAAUAAUAUUGGUAUAGUGUUGUGACUUAUUUUGCUCAUACAAUGCGAUGAUUAUUUUAAUUUUGUGUUGCUCAACGUAUAAUCUCAUCGUUUUAUUUAGUGCUCACAGAAUAUUUAAAAUUUCUUUAUAUUUGUACAAUAGCUAUCGUGAGAUAUACUAAAUUAAUAGUAGUAAAUCAGUAGACUGCGCAACAUCGCCGCGUCUGCGCACGCUUUUCAUGAAUAAGAGUCCCGUUAUGACUUGAAACUAGUAGAGCUUGUCUCAGUUAUUUCACGUGAGUUAUUUCAAAUUAAAAUUACUUUAUUUUAUGUCACACUACGAUCAGACUGUGAUAAUGCACUUUUGAAGAGAUCAUGCACUGCCUUCUAUAAAUAAAACAAUAUUUAUUCUUAUUCACAUAAUCAAUGAAUACGAAAACAAAAUGGCGCUCAACAUGGCGCCAAGCUUUAAAUCGUUUCCCGCCAUCUCGGUGCCAAUUUUUCCUAAUAGUAUCCAGCAAAAAUAAAUAAAUUAUUUUUUCGUAAACUAAUUAAUAUUUAAAAUGCCGACUAGUACAAAAGAAUUGAUUUUGUUGUGACCAUAAUAAAAAAAAAUUACAAAUUUUUAUUUUAUAAGCAUAACAAUAUCUUCAUAGUCAUCUUUAUUUUUAAGAAUUUAUUUGUCUUCAAAUGAUAUUAUUGUUUAGUUAGUUAAAUAAUUGUGUAUGUAGAAAGAAAUGCAGUUUGAACGCUAUCGGAUAUACAUUGGAAUCAAUGGUGGAUUUACUCAUAAAAACACUAUCUACAUAUGCAUCUUAAGCUAAUUAUUCUGUCUAACUUAUUAUCAUAUGAUUUGAAUCUCUAUCAUACCUUUAUCAAAAGCAUUUCGUUCCUUCGUUCUCCAAAGUGGAAAUCAUUUUUCAUAACAAAUAAAUCCAGGAUUGAUUCCCGCGUUCUCACUGCAUUUCUCUUCUUAGCUAUCAUAAAGUUAGUGACAUGUUUAGAAUAGUUAGAUAAUCGUAUUGAAAAAUUAACAUUAUUAUACCUACCUAUAGAUCAUUCCAAAAUUAUCUUUGUGAAUUUAAAUAGCAAUAAUAAAAUCAGCAUUCCUUUUAAAAUAAGACUGGUGUCCGUUACAUUAAUGGGAAAAUCUGUAAACUUCCAUAAUUAGUUAAACGCUUCGGUUUUCCUAAUUAUGCACUGCAUUGGUGCAGUAGUUUGGCAAACAGCUACUGCACUUCGUAUCGCGGAUUCAGUUUAGUUUAGUUUUAGUUUUCAGUUACGAUCUUCCUACUACAGGGCAAAGGCCUCCCUACCAUUUCAACUUCUCUCUGUGUAAAGCUGUUUGUGGCCAACCCUUAUCAUAGAUGUCGAGUUUAUCCCGCCAUCUCCUUUUGGGCCUGACGCGACGUCUGUGGACGUUGACAUCUGAUACGGAUUCGAUUGCCACAAAAAAUAUUCACAAGUAGAAAAUAAUUGUUUGUUUUAAUUCAUAUACCUAUAUAUAAAGAUUAAGGUGAAUGCCCAGAAUGCCCUAACCAUAAAAUGUUGCUCUAUAGUGGUCCCAUUAAAGUAACGCUCACUGUAACACUAAUAUUAGUAAAAUAAUUUGGUCAAUUAUUAAAUGAGAGUAAGAGAAUUUAAGUACUGGGGAGUCAUCGUUAUAUUUUCUAAUCAUCUGAUAUUUGUACCGGUGCUAAUGCUAACAUACAAUAGUUUAGAGUAUUUUGGUUUAUAAACAUGCUAUACAUUAAACUCAAUUUCAUUUGGAAAAGGUAAUGUGACAAUCACAACUCUAAUAACUUACAAGUUCUUUGGUAUAUGAUGUGUGAUGAAAUAUAUUAAAAUAUCAAUUCUU